CGCGCCGCCCGCGGAACCACGCCUACUCCUGCGCCGGUCAGCUCAGGGCUGUUCCUCCCGUUCUCCGCCCCUCCUUCCCCGUGAGCUCCAGGGACCAUGGCCGAUCCUCGCGUGAGGCAGAUCAAGAUCAAGACUGGCGUAGUGAAGCGAUUGGUCAAAGAAAAAGUGAUGUAUGAAAAAGAAGCAAAGCAACAAGAAGAAAAGAUUGAAAAAAUGAAAGCUGAAGAUGGUGAGAAUUAUGCCAUUAAAAAGCAGGCGGAGAUCCUGCAAGAAUCCCGGAUGAUGAUUCCAGAUUGCCAGCGCAGGUUAGAGGCUGCAUAUACUGAUCUGCAGCAGAUAUUAGAAAGUGAAAAAGACUUGGAAGAAGCUGAAGAGUAUAAAGAAGCCCGUUCAGUACUGGAUUCAGUCAAGUUAGAAGCUUGAAACUUUUCUGUAACAGGGUGUUUUGCAUUAAGUCUGGGGUCGAUUCUACAAUUCAUGAUUCUUGACCACUGCUAUGUGUUUAGUAAAUGAGAAUGUGCUUCUUUUUAUGCAGUUGCAUAUAUUUUUCUUUGCAUAACUUAACGUGUCAAAUAAAUGAGUUCAUUUAAUAAAAUUGUUUACUUCAUACUUUA